AUGAAUCGGGUCGUUGUUGCGGAGCAUGAGCUCCAAAUCACCAACAUGAAGCGGAAUCGCAUCCAUUUCGAGGCUAAUGGCGACGCCUCAUCCGCUUCACCACAGGGUGGCUUCACUCCGGAGGACCACUCGCGGUACCCCCAGCAUGUCCCGAAGAUCUCGCGGAGGAUACGCGCAUGCACCGAGUGUAAGCGACACAAGGUCCGGUGCGAUAUGAAGGCAGGGGAUGCGAUAUGCUCUCGAUGUCAGCGUAUGGGGCUGCAAUGCAUUGUUAAUAAGAGUCUCCAAACACUCCUGGAGGACGAAGCCGAAUGGAAAAGCAUGAUUGAGUUGGCCAUGACGGAUCUUCUCCGGAAAGCGCAGCUCCCAGAACUAUCUUACUAUCAAGCGGGCGGGGGAUCGAUUGAAACGCCGCCAAAAAAACGCGGCCGGAAAGACUCGACUGUGUCGGUAGACGAUGCUGGCCAUGCUCUGGGGCAUCAUAGGAAGACCGACUCCGCGGAUAACCCUGCGGGACGAGGGACGGGUUCAAACCCAUCGAAUUAUACUUUCUCGCAGCAGCAACCGCAGUAUUCUAUUGACCGCGAAGAGACCGGCGCUGCCUCGCUGGUCACGGCGCCCAUGGGCAGCCUAUACGAGGUUACACAGCUCAGUGAGAAUCGUGAGAAUUCUCCUGGGGAGGAUUAUGCGCCAGACCAGGCCCUAGUGACUGACUUCAUCGCGCGUGGUGUGGUGGAUUUGCAAGAAGCAGAAGAACUAUUUCACCAUUUUGACCAGGUGCUAAAUCGAUACCUAUGGGAUGGUGCGCUACUAGCACAUAAAGACCUAACGUCUGCUCGGAAAUCUUCGUCUAUGCUGUCUGCUGCCAUUCUCGCUGUGACGGCUCUUCAUCUGCCUUCUAAGGAACGGACUUUUGACACCUGCUAUACAGAAUUUGCCAAAUUAGCAUCCGAAUCCAUGCUUGGACAUCACCACACCAUGGAUGACAUUCGCGCCUUGUGCAUCGGGGCAUUCUGGCUUGCGGAUGUGAGCUGGAAGCUCUCUGGUUAUGCUGUCCGCAUUGCCACGGAGCGCAAUCUACACCAAUUUUUCCGCAAAGCCAUCCAGGGCUCACCGGAGCACAAGGAACAAGCGAGAUUAUGGUACCUUCUCUAUACCCUUGAGCACCACUUCUCCAUCGCAUACGGCCGCCCUCCCAUCAUUCACGAAGAUCCCGCAAUUACUCAACACAACACCUUCACACAAUCACCGUCCAUCUCCCAAGGGGACCUGCGAUUGCAUAGUCAGGUCGACCUGUUUAUCAUUCUUACUCGUAUUUAUUUUGCGUUUGGCCCAGACGUGGAUCUAGAGGUCCCAGAGAGCGAGUUUCCCAAGAUCGACCAGUUCGAUAUGGACCUAGGGCAUUGGAAGUCAGCUUGGCUGCCUCGUCUUGCUGGGAGUCGUCAUGUCGGCGCAUACCCUUACAAAGCUGUCUACAUGCACUACCAUUUCUCGCGACUACAGCUGAACUCCGUUGCCCUGCGCACCUACCACUCUUCAACAUCAUCCAAGACUAUGUCGCCGGAGCGCCGCAAACGGGCGAAUCUCGCUAUUGAGUCGGCCAUGGCUACCCUCCAGGUUGUCUUAGACGAGCGUGACAUCCAACGUGCGUUGGUCGGCGUGCCCCUGUACCUGCACAGUAUGAUUACAUUCGCAGCCGUUUUCCUCCUCAAAAUUGCAGCGAAAGUUUGCUCUAAUGGAAAUGGUCAGAGCGGCUCGAGCCAGAACAAUUCUAUCGCCUCAGCUGGUCUGCUUGUAGACAUUGGUUAUGUCCGAAUCCUGGUCGGACGCAUCGUCGAGAUGAUGGUGGGGUGCAGCCAGCGCGCCAGCGAGCGCCACCUCAGUCACCACAUUGCCCGCGGUCUGCGGAAGAUGCUCACUGGCCUGGAAGAGUGGGAAAAGCGGAACGGCGGCCAGCCGUCUGCCGGCACGACCCCCCAGCAGGAGACCUCGUCGCUAUUCAAGCCUGUUAUCAUCCCCGGAGCCCAGAUCCUGGGUGAGCGCGAUACCAUCUUGAACCACCCUCCACCGCUCCUGGGUGUUGCGCCGCUGUCUGCCGAGCGCAGUAAUGGGGUUGAACCGAGUGUCUCUGUGAGGAAGCAGGAAACUGGGCUCUCAGAGGGCUCGAUGGAUCCCAUGAUGGCGGACCUGUGGGGUUUCGAUGAGGAUUACUUCCCUACGGGCGUAUUCGAUUUUCUUCAGAGCCAGAUGCCUGCGUAG